AUGACAUCUGUACGGACAGUACAGCCUGUGAUUAACAGGCUGCGAUUUAAGCAUGUCUACAAGCCUGAGCGGUACUUGGAAGGAUGUGCUACGGAGAGGACGUUCCGCAGAGAGAUGGAAGCGUUUCCUACAUGGAUAGGCAAAGAUCCUCACACAGACUUGAUGAACAUGAUACACAAGAUCACGGUUCUGUAUAGGCGUAUUGAUGUUUCCAACUGGCCUAGAUAUGAAAAAACGCUAAAGCUGUUCACCAAGGCGCAGGAGGUGCUUUAUAAGAGAUGGGUUCUCUCACUAGGAGACUCUGACAACUACCUUCACAGAGAAGUGCUGAAUACUCUCAACCUGUCUUAUGAGCCCCUGCAUGAGUUCAAUAAGAAAAUGCCACCUCCCGCUACCCUGAAGAAUAAUCUGGAUAGAGUGUUAUUCUCGCCUGGUGUUCACUAUCUGCAAGACCCAAGGACCCGGGUGUUUAACUUUCCAGAAUUCCUGCAAGAUGUUCCAAAGCCCAAAGAAUACGACCUCAAAGAGAUAACGAACUUCAUCAAAGCUUCGAGAGAUGAAGUUUUGAAAGAAAUCACGAAGACGGAAAGUCUUAAGUUCUUUUCGUCAUCGUCAUCCAUGACUGGAUCUCUCAAGCACUUCCAUUACUUCUUGUCCAGCAACAGACCAGCAAAUGUCUCGUUCACAUCAAAGGAUUUUGAGGAAAAGCUUGUGGACUUUGCUGCUGGUGCACGCUCACCUGAAAUCACUAUUUUGAAAAAGCACAAUGUUGGAACAAAAGAGGAGAACAAGCCACCCGUUUGGUCGGUGGACGUGGAGCAUCUGUACGAUAUGCCAAAUGUUCUUGCUGAGCUAGGACAUUUCACUGAAAGGCAGCUUACUAUGGAUGAAGAGGAGUUUACUAAGUUGCUGUCUGACAACAGAAAAGGCAAGAAUCUCAAGGCUAGGCCCAGAAAGACAGAUGCGUACCAUUACGCCAAGAGCGGUCAAUUCGUGAUGAGAUCGCAGCUAGAUUGCUACGACCCACGUAUACCGGGUACAGGGACUUUUGAUCUCAAAAGUAGGUCUGUUUCAGCCGUUCGUUAUGACCUUCCUCAUGUGACAGGUAACUACACCGGAUAUCAGCUUCUAAAGACUCAUGGAGUGUACGAGAGUUUCGAACGUGAGAAGUUCGACUUGGCCAGAGGAACCAUGAUCAAAUAUGCUCUUCAAGCGAGGAUCGGAAAUAUGGACGGAAUCUACCUGGCUUACCAUAACCUCGAGAAAAUGUUUGGUUUCGAAUACCUUCCCCUGAGUGAAAUCGACUCCAUCUUCCACUCGUGUAUCGAUUCCGUUUCCGGAAAAAGUUUAGGCGAUCCUCUCACCGAUGUGAAACAUUUUGACUCGAUUGCCUCGUCGCCAUGUUCUUAUCACGAGGACAAGUCCCAGAGAAAAGCCUCGGUCAUGGCAGAUCUGGAGUUCAAGGCCAGUAUCAACAUCUGGUCAAAACUCAUGGAAAUGGCCAUUGAAGACUGUGGUCCUGAGGUGGACUAUAUCAGAACGGUGGUCAUGGCAGACGACAGAAACGGAAUCAACUUUCUAUAUGCCCCUAUGACGAAGGCCCUUUUGGACCGCCAGGAUCAACUGUGUUUGGAAGUGGGUAAGCUUGCCAUCUCAGCCGAAGCAGACGAAACUCUCGAAAAACGUCACAAGCAGUAUCUCAAAAAGCUGGAUGUGUAUAAUUCGGCCUACAAGGAAACUUUGAAGGGAUUUACUGUCUCCAAGAGGCAUUUCUUCAAUGGCCGCGAAUCCAACACAAUGCACCCAGUAUUGCACGAUUUGGACGCUCGGUGGGAUAUCGAGUACACUGUUCGUGAAUUAUCACCUUCAAAGGUGAAGAGGACAUAUGAGUCUAGCUUGAAGCAAAAGUCCAGUCUUCUUGACUCGUCCGUUGGAGACGAUGGUGAGCCCAGUGCCUUCAGAAGGAUUUUGAGGGCGUACGGAGAGAAGGGCCGCAAGAGAGAGGAGUUUCUUCUGGAUAGAUGA